GCUGUUCCAUCAGUGGCAACAGCGGUGUGCGCCGUCUCCCACCAGUCGCCGUGUCGUCAGUUCCCUGUGGUGGUGCACGUGGCGGCACCCAGUGGUGAUGGAGCAUGGGGGGAUGCCUCAGUCUUGACGAUGAGGAGAGGAAGGCGCGUCUGCGCAGUGCCCAGAUCGACCGGCAGAUCGCCGAGCUUGCACGCCAGGAGUGCAAUGUCAUCAAGAUCCUGCUGCUCGGUGCUGGGGAGAGCGGCAAGAGCACCAUCGUGAAGCAGAUGAAAAUCAUCCACAGCGAAGGCUUCUCUGAUGAAGAGCUGCGCAGCUUCAGGCCGACGGUGCUGGACAACAUACUGGGCUCUAUGAAGUACGUCCUGACAGGCAUGGGCAUCCUGCGCAUCAACCUCGAGAAUCCCAAGAACAAGAUGUAUGCGCAGACGGUGCUGAGCUGUCAGUGCUGCUUUGACGAGAGCAUGACCAUGCUGCCAUUUGUGGCGUCCGCCCUGAAGAACCUCUGGAACGACAAGGGUGUCCGGUUGGCUGUCGCACGGGGCUUCGAGUACGAGCUCAACGACUCUGCGCUGUACCUGUUUGAGAACAUGGACCGCAUCUGCUCGGAGAAGUACAUGCCGACGCCACGGGACGUACUCAGGGCCCGAGUGCGCACCAACGGCAUCAUCGAGACCCACUUCAAGAUCGACGACAUUGUCUUCAGGAUGUUUGACGUGGGUGGCCAGCGGUCAGAACGGCGCAAGUGGAUCCAGUGCUUUGACGACGUCAAGGCCGUCCUCUAUGUCGUGGCCCUGAGCGGCUACGACAUGACCCUCCAAGAGGACCCCACUGUGAACCGGCUGCACGAGAGCCUGAAGCUGUUCUCUUCCAUCUGCAACAACAUGUUCUUCACCGACACGUCCAUGAUCUUGUUUCUGAACAAGCUGGACCUGUUCCGAGAAAAGAUCCUCUACUCAGACCGGCAUCUGCGCUAUUACAUGCCAGACUACAAAGGUGCCGACUACGACGUGGACAGUGGCGCGCUUUUCAUUCAGCACAAGUUCCAGAGCCGCAACCGGGACCCGAACAAGGUGGUGUAUCCUCACUUUACCACGGCCACUGACACCAGCAACGUCCAAGUGGUGUUCCAGGUUGCCAUGGACACCGUCUUGAGGGGAAACCUGCGUACUGCCACCCUCCUUUAGGUGAUCGGCACGGUCACUCCAUGGUCAUUUCGUGGUCAGCCUGGCGAUGAUUGAUGCUACCGGGCUUGCAAACAAAAGGCAGCACAUCAGAGAUCUCGAGAAAAUGUGCACAGUUUCUCGUAUGUUUUGCGGAAUGUAGAAGAUGUCUGUACAUGUGUACGCUUGAUUACAGCUGUCCAACGUGAACAAUGAAUGCAUGCCGCAGUUAGUCGAGUUCAUUGCAUUUCUCUCUGUACAUUUGCCCAUGAUUUGCAUCUGUGGACACUGCAGACAUCUGUGCCGCUCACGGUCCCACAUCGUGAGCAGUGGUCAGGUUCCGCGCUGACGGCGAAAGAGAGGGACGCCCUCCAUCGCUGGAGCCUUUGUGCUGUAAUGUUUUAUUGACAGUUGCAUAGCACGCAAAAGGAAAUAGGGAGUUUUAGCUUGUCUCUAAACGUAUUUCCCUUUGCGGAAUACUAGGUUAUCGGUGACAUAAAUGUGGGCAGUUGGGAUGGUGCUGCUAUCUGGUGACAUGUAGGUUAACCAGAGAAGACACAGAGCUGGUAUUGCACUGAUCAAGUACAUUCUACUUAAUUGCUGAGGUAAAUUUUUUGACUGCCACAUGAUCGUUAACAUGCGGCCUUUGUUCAUUUUUAUUCGACAAGAACACCCACGUAAACACGAGGAUGUGUCUACUGUGUUGUAAUUAGACAAAACGUCACAAGAUGUCGCCACCAGAGUUGUUUCUGCCGCUCACGUUCCCUGUAGCCUGGUAUGACAUGAAGUUUAAUGCGUUUAUGGAUGAACUAAAACUCUUUUACGGGCGGCAUAGUCAUUUGAAGAUCUAGCCUGUUACUGCAUGCGAGCGUCUACUAUAGUAGGAGGAUGGUUACUUUUUUUUUUUUUUUUUUUGAAAGGCAAUGGCUCUAUUUGAAACUGCGAGUGAUGGCAAUCUGGUUACCUUGCUGCUCAGGGUAUUGUAGAUCCCUGUUGAGAAUCUCCCCCUCACUCUUGCUCUGUUCCUCUCCGAUAAUGAUGACUUUUGCCACAGGGUUAUUCACUCCGAUGCAAGUUCGCCAUUAUGUGCAUGUUAUAUGCUGCACGAGAAAGAAUGAAUGAGUGGAUGCUUCUUCUGGAACAAUUUGCAGGUCACGUGCAAUAUGCGUCCACUCCACCUUUUGACGUGUUCAUGCUCAAGCAGCAUCUGUAAUUGCCGCCCCUGCAUUUCUUUCGGUCGGUUUGGUAGUGGAUCUUCGGCCCUGGUGUAGUCCUGGCCUUGCCCAUCUCUAACUUCAGAUUUUUCAACCAUGCGGUGACAUUGUGCAAUAUUAUGUUCAAACUGCUCGCACUCCGUAAAACUGAUGUCGGGACAUGAGUUGCAUCCUGGGAAUUUUACUGCACAUGUCUUGGAAGCAUAUUUUUGGCUCAUCACGCUGCGGUGCUCUGAAGCACAGCUACAUAUUUAGCUUGUCGAUAAGGAGCAUUUAUUUGGCGUGUUUUGUUCAUGCAUUUGGCAACAACGGAAAGCACUCUGAUGUUCUUUUUCUACAUUUUCUGAGCGUCUUUUUGGUCAAAGGAGCUGUGAGGUCUGGCUAGUACAGGGCAAAAUGACUGUGCGGUCACCCUCCUUCAGAGGCAAGCUCCGAGGUGCAGAAGUUGUCCAUCUGCGUCGUUUACCGGUGUUCUUGUUCCUACAAAAAUCUGACACUUAUUCAGCUCGGGUACACUGACUGCGGCUUAAAGGUCCAAGAGCGACCAGCUAAGGGUACCGUUUCUGAGAACUACCACAUCUUUCUAAGCGGCAAGGUUUGAGGGCUGCAGUCGAAUCAAAAGCAGAAAAUUAUGCUUCAUGUAUUUUUGGAACAGUAUAUAUAACAAUAUUUUGGUUGUGGUUCCUAUGUAACAGACAUGUCCAUAAAGGGCAGCCUUUCUUCUGCCUACCCUGCUCAUGAUUAGCAUACCGGUCAGUGUGAUUGUUGGUGCAGCCGGUGCAAAGCCUACAAGGGAUACAAAGUGCCUUCUGGGGACGAGAGGUCCUUAUACAGACUUCGAUGUCAUAGAAUAUGCCUUCUGUUUACCGGACGUGUGUGUUUUUAUCUGCUGAACCGAUUGGCGUGCUCGCUACCAAAAGAUGUAGCCCUAUUCCUGACUCGCCAAUUGGCCACCAGUAACGAUUUCAUUUGAAAGUAUUUCAGUGGUCAUCUGAAAUGAAAUCAGCAUGGGUAUUGCAGGAUGAACAUGCUGUGAUACCAACCAUAAUGGUGCCAUGCACUUAACUUGCACUGGUGUUAGUCCACUUUUUGUUUCACUAUACUGACGGGGCUUGAAUGAAAGCUCAGUACAUAGCUGGAAGCACGCAAGCAGUGGAGCUUCUGGUAAUGAAGAAAUGACUGCUAUCUGUCGCAAACUAUCCAAAACUCGCUGAGCUGUCAAGGAGUUCACUUGUGCAUCUGGGUAUUAGCUGACUGUCACCACAUAGUGAAAGAACAGUGUUGUAGUUGCGUCAUCAUCAUUGGUCGUCGUCUCGAUUGUGAACAUGCCUCUCGCUUUUAUCAUUUCCAUGUUGGCUGUUUCGGAGAUGCCGCAUUCAUUGUCACAAGGUUCACAGGGUAGUGUGUGCCACAUUGGCAAGGGAUCUCUGGUGCAUGACACGAACAAAGACCGGUGGCGUGGCUGUGGAAACGCUAAGUUCUAUAUAGCUUUCUAUACCUUUCUAUAUAGCUUUUUUUUUUUAAUGUGGCUUUGCAUGAGCUCUGCUUCUCUCUUUAUUAAUCUCCAUUUCAGUAGUAAGCUUGCAAAUCAAGCUGAACCAGAACAGUGUCCUUUAUUUCUUUAUGUACUAUGUACGCUUGUUGCUUCUCAAUGCAGUCGGCUUAGGUAACUUAUGUCCUUGCUCAGCAUUUUGUGUCAACACUGACACAGUUUUGCCUCAAGCUUUCUCACUGCUUUCUGCAGCCCUCUUAUGUUUUGGAUUUAUUUUGUGCGUUCUUUUUUUUUUUUUUUUUUUACUUAUCACGGUGUUUAGCUCAGCACUGAGCCCAGUGAUAUCACAAUUGGCUUGUUCGCAUCCUCUCCCCAGCGGUGUUUCUUCAAAAAACUGGCCAGUGCAAACCACGGAAAUCUCGCAUGUUUUCUAUGUGGCAAAGUUGAGCCAUUUGUCAUUUUGCCAGCAUGACAAUAUACACAGGGUGUUCCUUUUUAAACAAUACAGAAUUUUAUCAAAUCGCCUGCGGCAGAUAGCUCAAUUACAUUUUUCAAUAGAUGAAGCGCCAAUAGUAACGGCACACAGGAAGGAAUACAGACAGGACAAGGCGCUACUUGCAACUGUUUAUUGAAGUCAAAGGUGGCUGAUUAUAUAGCCAUGAGGAGCGUUCCCCUCUCCUCAUGGCUGUAUAAUCAGCCACUUAUGACUUCAAUAAA